AAAAAAUAUCGCUUUAUCAGUUUGCGGGGUUUAGUUUUUGCCUUAAUUGCAUGUUGCUAUCAAAUGGCCGACGCUCGGUCGGCGGAAAUGCGAACAGUCGUCACUGAGUCACUGAUCGCGUUUCACUUGUUAUUCCACAAUCGUCCGGUUUAAUGGAUACCAUCACCAAAAACGUUCGUUGCGUCGAAUACCUGGCGGUUUUUUCCAGUCUAAUUAACGUUCUUGUCGCGGGAAUGCAAGACGGCUGGUCAUCUGCCGCCCUCCCCAAACUCUUAUCAGACACCUCAACCGUUGCUAUCACCAACGACCAAGGUUCCUGGUUGGCUAUGGCCAAUGUUCUCGGAGCUCCAAUAGGUUGCCUAUCUGGCGGGUACCUUAUCGACUUGAUGGGCAGACAAACCAUCAUUCUAGCGGCUUCAGCGCCGUUUAUCGCUUCCUGGUUGACUAUAUCUUUCGGCGCCAACUUUGCUGUUUUGUGCGUGGGUCGAGUGCUGGGAGGACUCGCUGAAGGUUGGGUCUUCACCGCGGCACCGACUUACAUUUGCGAAAUAUGUGACGCAAAAAUAAGAGGCUUCUUCGGAAUGAGCCUCACCGUAUGCUACAACUUGGGAAUACUGCUGUCGAACGUCACCGGCUCUUACCUCAGCGUCCAAAUGGCUGCGUUGGUAAACAGCGCUUUUCCGAUUCUAGCAUUCAUCGCGUUCGUCUGGUUCCCAGAAUCGCCGUACUACUAUAUUAUGCGAAACCGGAAUCAAGAGGCUAGACGCAGCUUGAGCCGGCUCAAGAGCGAAGACCAAAUAGCCGAAGCGCUUCGAAGAAUCGGCAACGCAGUGAAGGACCAUCGAGAAAACUCUGGGAAAAUGAAAGAGCUGUUCACGGUGAAGAAUAAUAGGCGCGCCAGCGUGAUGACGAUGAUGGUUCGGUUCAUCCAGCAGUUAGGAGGAAUCGGACCUGUGACCUCGUACGCGCAGAUCAUAUUCCGCGAAACCGGAAGUCAAGUCAGCGCCGAAAUUUACUCAAUAAUUUUUUUCUCGAUCCAACUCACCGUCACUAUGAUUACCGCCCCCAUCAUCGAUAGAGUCGGCAGACGACCCCUGCUAUUGAUAUCAACCGCCGGAGCCAGCUUAUGCGCGUGUGCCCUCGGGGUCUACUUCGGCCUGCAGUAUUACCGGAUUUGGGACUUGAGAAAUUGGUUUUUCGUCCCCGUGGUGGCGUUGAUGGGGUACAGCGUGAUCGUCGAAUUGGGGUUGCAUCCCAUACCAAUGUUCGCGGUGGCGGAAUAUUUUCCCGCCAACGUUAGGGGUUUGGCGGUGGGGAUGGGGGACGUGUAUUACUGCGUAUUUUGGGCUUUGGGUACCAAGAUGUUUCAAGCUACGAAAGAGGCGUGCGGGAUCCACGUGCCCUUUCUAGUGUUCAGUUUGGUGCUUGCUUUCGGGGUGUUUUACAUGUGGAAACACGUUCCGGAGACGAACGAGAAAACCUUGGAGGAAAUCCAAGAAGAUCUUAAUCAGAAAUAGGCGGAGUGGUCGAGUACAGUUGCGAGUACUAGCUGAACCGCUUAAUUUGACUUGUAAUCUGCAAUAACAAGGAACCAGCCACGAAACACGGCGUUUAGCUCUUCACGAUCACUCCGAAUUCAAAUUGUGCUUUAGUUUGUUAUUAUUAAUAAAUUCUAUUUUAAAAUUUUGGUCCUUUGGUUAUAACGCUCAGCUUCAUGCAGAGAGAUUUUGUUUGUCUUUUUUUUAUUCAUCCUCAAGAAAUUUGAAUUCGCCGCAUUAUUGAUAUUUAUUAUUUCAAGGUUUUGUUAAAAUGUAAAUGUGAAACGAAAUCCCUUAAUAAGUAUACUAAGUAGUCCUAAUUUGGUUAGUUAAGACAAAAAAUAAUUAAAAGCAGUCCUAAUAAUAAAGAUUGCGUUGAUAUCUUGGCAUCGCCAAUGAACAUUUUUUACUUUUAGUAGUUGCAAUAAUAACUAGGGAUCUCGCAAACGCUAUGGCAAAAAAUGUAAAUGUCCUGUUUUCUUUAUUUAUUAAAGUUGCUGGAAGAUCUCGCCAUUUUUAUUUCACACUCCGAUAUACAAUAACUCCCAUCUAGUGGUUACUUGAUAACUAGGCACUGAUUCACGCUUUGCUUAAGAGAAAAGAAGAAAUUAUCGCCAAAAAUAUUGAAUUUAAUAAAAGAGAAACUGUAAUACAAAAGGUGUCCCACGAUAUGACUUGAGAAUAUGUUGAUGGGAUGAUUUCAAGUUAAAAAUGUGGCUUUAGUGAAUUGGUUUGCUUCAGGAUUGCGUUCGGCUGUUAAU